AUGAAUAUACUAUGGAUUGUGGCGCUAAUUGGCCAUCUGAUCCAGCUCGUUCAGGCAACUGGCCUUUGUGCAAUGUAUGGGAAUUGCGGGAAAAAGUCAAUAUUUGGGAACGAACUACCUUGUCCUGCUCAACCUAGCUUUGAACCACCUCUCCUUUCAGAUGAAACUAGUAAAAUUUUGGUUGAAGUUUGUGGUGAAGAGUGGAAAGAAGUUCGUCAUGCUUGUUGCACCAAAGAUCAGGUCGUGGCCUUAAGGGAUAAUCUGCAAAAGGCCCAGCCUUUGAUUGCUUCAUGCCCAGCAUGCCUCAAGAAUUUCAAUAAUCUUUUUUGCCACUUCACUUGCGCUCCUGACCAAGGAACGUUUGUUAAUAUUACCAAAGUAGAAAAGUCAAAAGAAGACAAGGAUAUUGUUGCAGAACUGGACGUUUUUAUGAAUUCAUCAUGGGCGUCUGUAUUCUACGAUUCAUGUAAAAACAUCAAAUUCUCUGCUACCAAUGGUUAUGCGAUGGAUUUGAUUGGAGGUGGUGCCAAAAACUACAGUCAAUUUUUGAAAUUUUUGGGAGAUGCAAAGCCUAUGCUAGGAGGAUCUCCCUUUCAGAUCAAUUAUAAGUACGAUUUGCCAGAGCAGGAAAAGGAAUGGCAAGAAUUUAAUGAUGAAGUUUAUACGUGCGAUGAUGCCCAAUAUAAAUGUGCAUGCUCUGACUGUCAAGAAUCUUGCCCUGAUUUGGCUCCUUUGAAAGACGGUACUUGUAAAGUUGGUUCUCUUCCAUGUUUCUCCUUUUCUGUGGUGAUAUUUUAUACUGUCUGUGCACUUUUUGUAGCUACGUGGUAUUGCUUCUUCAAGAGAAAGGAAGGGAGAGCGCUGAUUGUAGAUGACGAUAUUUUACCGGAGUCGGCUUCUUUGGAUGACUCUAAUACAAAUAUAUUUGAGAGCUUUAAUAACGAAACAAAUUCAUUUAAUAACAAAUUGGCCAGUGCUUUCUCAAAAGUGGCACAAUUUUCCGUCCAAAAUCCAUACAAAAUAUUAGCAGCUACUGCCCUUAGUAUCUUUGCAUUCGGUUUUAUCAUCUUUCAAUACGGUACCCUUGAAACAAAUCCAAUCAACUUAUGGGUAAGUAAGAACUCUGAAAAAUUCAAAGAAAAAGAAUAUUUUGACGAUAAUUUUGGGCCAUUCUAUAGAACAGAGCAAAUUUUUGUUGUGAAUGAAACAGGGCCUGUUCUAUCGUAUGAGACACUUGAAUGGUGGUUCGAUAUUGAAAAAUUUAUUACGGAAGAGCUACAAUCGCCAGAAAAUAUUGGAUACCAAGACCUUUGUUUCAGACCAACAGAAGACUCUACCUGCGUUAUAGAAUCCUUUACGCAAUACUUUCAAGGAGCUUUGCCGGAGAAGGAUAGCUGGAAAAGAGAAUUAAAGGCCUGUGGAAAGUUUCCAGUAAAUUGCUUACCUACUUUCCAGCAACCUUUGAAAACUAAUCUUCUUUUUAGUGACGACGAUAUACUUAGCGCCCAGGCCUUCGUGGUAACACUCUUGUUGACUAACCACACUCAAUCGGCUAAUCGUUGGGAAGAGAAGUUGGAAAACUAUUUGUUAGAUUUAAAAGUUCCAGAAGGUUUGAGGAUAAGUUUCAAUACGGAAAUCUCUUUGGAGAAAGAAUUGAAUAAUAACAAUGACAUUCUAACCGUUGCUAUAUCUUACCUCAUGAUGUUUUUGUACGCUACAUGGGCUUUGAGAAGAAAAAGCGGAGAAACAAGGUUACUGCUUGGUGUGUCGGGUCUAGUUAUAGUCUUGGCCUCUAUUAUCUGCGCAUCCGGCUUUUUAACUCUUUUUGGUUUAAGGUCGACAUUGAUCAUAGCAGAGGUUAUACCAUUCCUAGUCCUAGCAAUUGGUAUAGAUAACAUUUUUUUGAUUACGCAUGAGUAUGAUAGGAAUUGCGAGCAAAAGCCAGAAUACUCAAUUGAUGAAAAAAUAGUCAGUGCUAUAGGGAGGAUGUCUCCUUCUAUAUUGAUGUCAUUGCUGUGCCAGACAGGUUGUUUUUUGAUAGCAGCCUUUGUUACAAUGCCAGCGGUCCAUAAUUUUGCUAUAUACUCCACGGUAUCUGUUAUGUUUAAUGGGGUGCUGCAGUUGACAGCGUACGUGUCAAUUCUGUCUCUCUACGAAAAGAGAACCAAGUAUAAACUAGUUACAGGAAAUGAAGACGCUACGGAAUCCUCUUUGAACAGCUUUUAUCUUAAGAUUCUGAUUCACAAGAAGAUGAUUUUAGGAGCAUUUUUGGCUUGGUUUUUAACCUCUCUGGUUUUCUUACCUGGAAUCGAAUUCGGAUUAGACCAAACAUUGGCCGUUCCACAGGAUUCUUACCUGGUUGACUAUUUUAAUGAUGUUUAUCGCUUUUUAAACGUAGGCCCACCAGUAUACAUGGUUGUGAAGAACUUAGAUUUAACUCAAAGGCAAAACCAACAAAAAAUAUGUGGUAAAUACACUACCUGUCAGAAGGACUCUUUGGCUAAUGUUUUAGAGCAAGAAAGACACAGAUCAACAUUAACGGAGCCAUUGGCUAAUUGGUUAGAUGACUAUCUAAUGUUUUUAAACCCUCAGCUAGAUCAAUGCUGUAGGUUAAAGAAGGGAACAGAUGAAGUUUGUCCUCCUUUUUUCCCUAGCAGAAGUUGUGAAACUUGCUUUCAACAAGGAUCUUGGAAUUACAAUAUGUCAGGGUUUCCUGAAGGUAGUGAGUUUAUGGAGUACUUGAGCGUAUGGAUUAAUGCACCAAGCGACCCCUGUCCUCUAGGUGGGCGCGCUCCGUAUUCAACUUCUUUGGUGUAUAACGAAACAGGUGUUUCUGCUUCAGUUUUCAGGACAGCGCAUCGUCCUCUGAGAUCCCAAAAGGACUUUAUUCAGGCCUAUGAUGAUGGAAUUAGGAUAUCAGCCUCUUUCCCUGAAUUAGACAUAUUUGCAUAUUCACCAUUUUACAUUUUCUUUGUGCAGUAUCAAACUUUGCUGCCAUUAACGUUGAAGCUGAUAGUUAGUGCCAUCGUUCUGAUCUUUUUUGUUUCUUCUCUUUUCUUGCGGAACAAACGAAACUCAUUCUUAUUGGCCUUGGUUGUUACUAUGAUCAUCGUAGAUAUUGGUGCUUUGAUGGUGCUUUUGGGUAUUUCACUGAAUGCUGUAAGUUUGGUUAAUUUGAUUAUUUGCGUCGGUUUAGCUGUGGAGUUCUGUGUUCAUAUUGUAAGAUCGUUUACAGUAGUAACAAGUGAUACCAAAAAAGACACUAAUUCGAGAGUUCUUUACUCACUGAAUACUGUAGGCGAGUCGGUCAUCAAAGGCAUAACUUUAACCAAGUUUAUUGGAGUUUGUGUUCUAGCAUUCGCCCAGUCAAAAAUAUUUGAUGUAUUUUAUUUCAGGAUGUGGUUUACUCUGGUUAUUGUUGCAGCAAUGCAUGCCCUUUUAUUUCUUCCUGCAUUGUUGUCAUUGUUUGGUGGCGAAGGCUUUAGGGACGAUUCCAUAGACGCAGAAGAUUAA